AUGGCUUCUAAAAAAAGGAAGUUAGCAGAAGAAAAUAGGGUAUUUAACGAUGCAUGGACAGAUUUAUACUUUUUUAUUAAUUGCAAUGGCAAACCGCUAUGCUUAAUAUGCCAAAAAACCCUUACUAUACAAAAAGAAUAUAAUGUCAAACGCCACUAUGAUAGCGAGCAUAAAGCUAAAUUUGCAUGCGUAGUGGGUGAAUCACGAAAAAAUAAAAUUAACGCACUGAAAUCUUCAGUUAAGAAUCAACAAAAUGUUUUUAAGGUUCAAGUACAAAGUAACGAGUCGAAUAUACGUGCAAGUUUAAGGGUAGCGGAAAUUCUUGCGAAGUCUGGCCGACCAUUUACCGACAGCGAACUUAUAAAACAAUGUGCUUUAGUCAUGGCUGAGUAG